AUGUCUGUAGCUCGCACUCCUUCCACAGCUGGCCAUGCAUGGUCUUCUGUUGCGCAGCCUUUAACCUAUGCUCUACUUGCAAGUGCUCCUUCAUGUUCGCUAGGUUGCAUGUGCAGUAGAUGCAUUGCGGGCGGAGGCAGUAGAACCCAUCAUGCCUCGUUAGGCCUUGCACGGGUUGCGCCAGCUGUCCUGAGUCAACCACGCCCUAUUACCCCUAUACCCACUACGUUCCAGGGCGUAGAACAGGGCCUACAACGCUGGAAAGACCGGCUUCCGGAGGCCUUCAGUAGCCCCUCGCGGCAGAGCUACAGUAACUGGGUUACUGGGGCCUCCCAGGUUCUAGCUGCCGGCCAGCUCCAGGAGCUCGACCUACGGGCUAUUCGCCAGCAGGUUAAGAGCUCGAAGACGAAGCGGGCUCGGGGCCGACUCCAGUGUGGAGGUGAGCUCCGGGCUUCUGAAGCCCACGAGCUUCAGAAGCAGAAAGCCGAGCUUCAGGCCCAGAAGCUCGCUGCGGCCGAAGCCCGGAAGCUAAGCCAGGCCGCAAACCGAGCCCAGAAGCUCGUUACGGCUGAAGCCCGGAAGCUGAGCCAGGCUGCAAAGCGAGCCCAGAAGCAGCUCCGCCGGGCAGGAAUUGAAGCCCGGAAACAGGAGCGCCUCCGGAAGAAAAGCGUGGCUCAGCUCACCCAAUCGGGCUUCCCAAUUCCUCCGGAGUUGCAGGACCCAAUUACUGACCCAGAAGCUGAUUCUGGGAGCGAAUAUGAGAGUGCGAGUGAGGGUGGGCGUGGGAGUGGGCGUUGGAGUGGGCGUUGGAGUGGGAGUGAGAGUGGGAAUGAAGAAGUGAUAAUUUCGUAG